AUGAAGCUUCUCACCAAGGAAGAAGAGGACGCCCACUACCGCUCCGUCGUCAAGGGCGGUAGUGUUGGAGGUGUCCUAGGUCUCGUCGCAGGUGCAGCCGGAGUACUCCUCGCUUCUAGACGUUUCCACACAAUCCGCAACCUGACAACACCCAUGAAGGCCUUCCUGGUGACUUCAUCGGGAACCUUCGUCGGUAUUAUCGCCGCCGACCACGCAUCCCGCGACUUCGAAACAUCACGCAACGCCGAGAAGCUCUGGUACGAGAACCGCGAGGAGAGACUCCGUACCGAAGAGUCCCGCGGUCUCACUAUUUCCGAGCGAGUCGUCGCGUUCGCCCGCCGCGAGAAAUACAAGAUCGUCGGCGCCACCUGGAUCGCCUCAAUGGUCGGCUCAUUCGUGCUUGUCGGUCGCAACCCUUACAUAUCUGGUCAGCAGAAGAUUGUCCAGGCUCGUGUCUAUGCUCAGGGCUUGACGCUGGGUGUGCUUUGCGCGUCUGCUGCAUUCGAGAUUUCGGACCAGCGCCGCGGACGGGGAAUCAUGGAUGCGGCGAAGAAGAACAAGGCGGCUCAGAAGGCUGAGGCUGCUGAGCCUGUUCCUGCGCAUCAAGAUUCUAAGGAUGAGGGAGAUCUCUGGAAGGAAAUGGUUGCUGCUGAGGAGCAGCGGUUGAAGAACAAGCAUCAGACUCUUAGUUUGAAGAGCGAACACGACGUCCAAGAGCAGAAGAAGAAGAACCACCACCAAGCCAACCACUCAAAGACCGAGGAGAAAAAGGAGGGCACUGAGGAGACUAAGAAGGAGGACCUGGAAGAGAAGCCUAAGGAAGAAUCCGAAGCUGAGCAGACCAAGGCUGAAGAUAAGGAUGACAAGGAGGCCGAGUCCAAGGAGAAGAAGGAUUAG